UUUACCCGGAAAUGAGAGCCUGUUCCAACAGCUGUAAUCUUUAAUUUAGCCAUUUCUGACUGUUUUCUGUCCAGAUAAAUAAUGCUUUAGCCUAUAAUCUGACUUUAUCUACUGCCUCGAUAUGUAUAGCGGUCUUUUGCCCAAAGGUUUCACCGAAGACGACCUCAGUCCGGAUGACGAUGAGGAUGAAGCUGAGGAGCAGAGAGAGGGAGAGCAGUGUGAGAGCUCUGCUGAAAAGUUGAGCUCUGUAGGGGAAAACACAGUCUCUGUGAAAGAGACACAGUCUACUCACACUGCAUGUGAAUCAGACAAUGAGUCCCCGACAUGCAGUAUGCCUGGUAUAUCUCAGGAAAUGUGGCAAAAAUUCCAGGAUCUACGGAAGAAAAAUAAAAAAAUUAAGACAAUGAAGGUCCCCCAAAAAAGAAAAAGAAGACGACACAAGAAAGGAACAAAGAGUGAGGAAACUACAGAGACAAGCAGAGAGCAUCAGGAGGAGCAUGAGCAGCACUGGAAUGAGCUUAAGCAGCAUUUCGGUGUAAAUGAUCGAUUUCAUCCCCCUGCAUGUUCCAAACCCCCUCCGAAGUCCGGCCUAGAAAAGAGCAUAGAGGGGGCCAUCGCUGAAGGGGACAUUGCAAAGGCGGAGGAGAUGAGCGACAGACUCGCCACUCGAGAGCUGGCUGUGAAAAUCGCUCAAGCCGCUGAUUGCCGUGACUUUGUGCAACACAAACAGGAAGAGGAAGCUUUGAGGGCAGCGCAGAAGAGGAAGAACCAAAUAUCCUGGGGGUUUGAAGCCAAAAGACGAUGGGAAACCAAAAGCAACAUGGGCUUCAUGUGACAAACACGGAGAAAAACUCUUAUUUUUUUAAGUGAAUAUAAUGUGGUGUUUUUUUAUGGAGGACUGAUCCUCUUUGUAUAUUUUGAAGGCUUCUCAACAGCACAGUGUGAGGGGGGGAAAAGUCACACAGUUGGCUGAGGAAAAACCAAUCCAGAGAGCACAAGAGAGCGAAAAAAUUAUGGAGCAUUCAAAUUAAUUCCUAAGGCGCCCAUUGGUGUCUGCAUUGUGUUAUUUUUCAUUACAUUUCAGUGAUUUUAAGCGUUCUGGCCUUUUUCUUUCCCCCCCUUCAAAUUAAAUCUGGUGUACAUUA